AAGUGGUGGUAGAGUUGUGUGUGAACUGAGCUGCCAGGAGAGAGAGAGGGAAAACAGACAUCAUGAAAGAGAGAUAGGCUGUGUUUGUUAUGAUGAAAACACAAGCCACGCUGAACUAACUAAACAGCAGUCAAACAGCCUCAUUUCUUCAUCUUUGUUCUGUGUAUCCUGAUGCUGCUCUGAGAGACUUGAAGAAGCGGAGCAGCUGAACAUGAACGAGAGUUUCGACCGAGCUCCCGGAGCGGGCAGAAGCCGACAUUAUGCAGCGGAGCCCGGGCUGCUGCUGGAGGAGGACGGAGACAACAACACGACGCUGUUCAACCAGAGAGAGCCGCUGAGGCAGCCGAGGACCACCCCGCCUUUCCCCGAGAACAGCAUGAGCCCUGCUGACUACAUGGUGUCUGGAGAUUUUAAAAGACCGAGCAAACCCCAACAAAGUGCAAAUGCCAACAGUACGUCUGCUUCCAGAGGUUUUAAUGAAGUGGAUUCCUUGGUCAAGUCAUCGAAGCUUUCAGCCAGUGCCCCAGAGUUUGUCCCCGCUGGAAUUAACUCGUAUGAAGACCCCUCUUUUUACGACGAGGACGAAAGCUAUUAUGAACCAACCUUGGCUGAAACGGUCGCAGACUUCCUUGACCACCUGAGCUCCUCGCCAGGGUCCUUUGAGUCGGAUGUUGAACAAAUAACUUGCAUGCUCAACUCCUGGGUUACUACUGAAGAGCUGUUGAACGAGCUGGUGGAACUGAUCUACACACAGUCUACUGCCAUUCCAAACUUCUCCUACACGGGCGCCAGGCUCUGUAACUACCUGUCCCAUCAUCUCAUCGUCAGCCCGCCGAGUGGCAACUUUCGUCAGCUGCUCAUGAAAAGAUGUCAAACAGACUUUGAACGGAGAGACGCAGCCGUUCGAGGAGACCCGGAGACUCAGAAGAAAUUCCACUCCUAUGUGCUCUUUCUGGGAGAGCUCUAUCUCAACCUGGAGGUAAAGAGCUCAAAAGGACCUCCCAAUCGAGCCAAUAUCCUCCUCAUCGCUCUGAAAGACCUGAUGAACAGUCUGUUCUCCAAGCCUGUGGAUGGAAAUCUCAUCUGCGCUGUCAAACUGCUCAAGCUGACAGGCUCGGUCCUGGAUGACGCCUGGAAAGAGAGUGGGAAACCACACAUGGAGGAUCUGAUCCGAAGAAUAGAAACUAUUCUGCUGGAUGCCAAAUGCAGCAGGGACGUCAGACAGAUGCUUCUGAAACUAGUAGAGCUGAGAUCUAGUGACUGGGGCAGAGUCCGUGCUGCUUCAGCAGCCAGCAACGCCACUCCAGACAACGACCCUAACUACUUUAUGAAUGAACCUACAUUCUACACAGAAGAUGGUACUCCUUUUACAGCAGCAGACCCAGAUUAUGCUGAGAAAUACCAAGAGAUCCUGGACAGGCAGGAAUAUUUCCAAGAUAUUGAUGGAGAAAAUGAAAAUGGAAAUGAAAUAUACGAGGACUCUGAAGACGAGAUGGAGCCUGAGAUAGAAGAAGCUUUUGAGCGUUUUUGUUUAGAAUCGGAGAAGAAACGACAACAAUGACGUGAGAGUGAGAAUCUGUGAGACUCAACAGGCACAUACUGUACUGCAUCGGAUAGGUUCAGACUUUUAUUUUACUGCAAACAAGCAUUUUAACUCAAAAAAAAGAGCUGUUCAUAGUUGCACUUCUGACACUUUUUUUCAGUCAGUGUUGAUUAGAAAUGGGGACAAUCAACAGGUUUAAUUGUUCGAGGUAUUAAGAUUUAUUUUUUUGGAAAGUUCUCUUUUUUGAUUUUAAUUAUUUCAAAAUGUAUUUCUUUUAUGCCUAAACUCAACUAAAGAGGGAAAUAGUGUGCUGUGGGUUUCUUUUAGUUCUUUUGUGAAAGGCAGAUUUCAGCAAAAGUGUGCAUAAUUUGUUGAAUACUAAUUAAUGCCCCAUGCAUAACGUACAGGCCAAAAGACUCAGAAAUGUAUCAUCUUCAUGUCAAAUGCACUGUAAAAAGGUAAGGUGGUUGCUUUACUUCAUAAUACAAUGCAUAUACAGCCUUCAUCUUGACUGAAAUAGUGUCAGGUUGCCAAUGUUACAUACUAUAUUCAAGAUGAUUCACCUGUUAAUCUGGCUGCGGUUCAUUUAAGCGGUCAGGAACUCUGUGAAGCGAUAUAGCUGUAAUAAAUACAAAUACUACGAAUAAUACGAUGUGAAUGUGGACAAACGAAACUCUUUUUUUUAAACAUCUUUCUGGGGCUAAAGUCACCAUUUCAGGAAGUACGAAGAGAUAAUAUGUCAGUGUGACACAACGGAUUCAUAGUUAAACCAAGACUGAAAGACUGUUUACCAGCAAUCCAUGGAGCCCAUAAACAGGAAUGUUUCAUAGUUUGUAAAUAUUAUUUAUGGUAUUGUUUGCCUGCAAUAAAUUCUUUAUAAUGUGA